CAGAGUUUACACUUGGUUCCUUCCAGCCCACCCGCUCUCCCCCUCGCACCAAGAUGGCGGCAGAAGGAGCUGGUGGGAAAUACAGAAGCACAGUCAGCAAAAGCAAAGACCCCUCGGGGCUGCUCAUCUCUGUGAUCAGGACCCUGUCUACCAGUGAUGAUGUUGAAGACAGAGAAAACGAGAAGGGGCGUCUCGAAGAAGCCUAUGAGAGGUGUGACCGUGACCUGGAUGAACUCAUUGUACGGCACUACACAGAACUGACAACCGCCAUCCGCACCUACCAGAGCAUCACAGAGCGCAUCACCAACUCCCGAAACAAAAUAAAGCAGGUAAAAGAGAAUCUGCUUUCAUGCAAGAUGCUAUUGCACUGCAAAAGAGAUGAGCUUCGGAAGCUGUGGAUUGAAGGAAUUGAACAUAAGCAUGUUCUGAACCUGCUGGAUGAAAUCGAGAAUAUCAAGCAAGUGCCUCAAAAGCUGGAACAGUGCAUGGCCAGCAAGCACUAUCUCAGUGCCACCGACAUGCUGGUGUCCGCAGUCGAGUCUUUGGAGGGCCCACUGCUCCAGGUGGAAGGACUGAGUGACCUUCGGCUGGAGCUGCACAGCAAGAAGAUGAACCUGCACUUGGUUCUCAUAGACGAGCUGCAUCGGCACCUGUACAUCAAAUCCACCAGCCGCGCUGUGCAGCAGAGCAAGGAGAAAGGGCGGACGAGCUCCCUGGUGAAGGACGCUUCUCCUGUCCCUCUGCUGGAUGUUACAAACCUUCCUACGCCUCGGAAAUUCCUCGAUACCUCUCAGUAUUCUACUCCUGGAAGCUCCAGUGCAGUUAAGGAUUUAAACCUCCAGGACAUCAAGGAGGAUUUGGAGUUGGAUCCAGAGGAGAACAGCACCCUUUUUAUGGGCAUCCUUAUCAAGGGGCUGGCCAAACUGAAGAAGAUCCCAGAGACAGUGAAGGCCAUCACAGAACGCUUGGAGCAGGAACUUAAGCAAAUUGUGAAGAGGUCUACAACCCAGGUGGCCGACAGUGACUAUCAGAGGGGAGAGAACCUCACGGCCGAGAACCAACCAAGGUUACUUCUAGAACUGCUGGAGCUGCUGUUUGACAAGUUUAACGCUGUAGCCGCUGCACACUCUGUGGUCCUGGGAUACCUGCAAGACUCUGUGGUGGCUCCACUGAGUCAGCAGGAAGAUGUCAAGUUGUAUGACAUGGCAGAUGUGUGGGUGAAGAUCCAAGAUGUGCUGCAGGCGGAUUCUUUACCCACUGAACCACCUGGGUGGGAGCAAUCUUAUCCUUCUAUGCUGUUGACUGAGUACUUGGAUAUGAAAAAUACACGUACGGCCUCUGAACCAUCAGCUCAGCUCAGUUAUGCCAGCAGUGGACGCGACUGUGCAGCCUUUUUUGCCAAGAAGAAGCCUCAAAGGCCAAAAAAUUCUCUUUUCAAGUUCGAAUCCUCCUCCCACGCCAUCAGCAUGAGCGCCUACUUGCGAGAACAGAGAAGGGAGCUAUACAGUCGGAGCGGAGAACUUCAAGGGGGUCCUGAUGACAACUUAAUUGAAGGUGGAGGAACAAAAUUUGUUUGCAAACCUGGAGCCAGAAAUAUUACCGUCAUAUUCCAUCCAUUAUUAAGAUUUAUUCAAGAGAUAGAGCACGCCCUGGGACUUGGUCCUGCCAAACAGUGUCCUCUUCGAGAGUUUCUCACCGUGUACAUCAAAAAUAUCUUCCUCAAUCAGGUCUUGGCUGAGAUCAACAAGGAGAUUGAAGGAGUCACAAAAACAUCUGACCCCCUGAAGAUCCUGGCUAAUGCAGAUACCAUGAAAGUGCUAGGGGUGCAGCGGCCUCUCCUCCAGAGCACAAUCAUUGUGGAGAAGACAGUGCAAGACCUCCUGAACCUGAUGCACGACUUGAGUGCCUACUCAGAUCAGUUCCUCAACAUGGUGUGCGUGAAGCUCCAGGAAUACAAGGACACCUGCACCGCAGCCUACAGGGGUAUCGUCCAGUCUGAGGAAAAACUUGUCAUCAGUGCAUCUUGGGCAAAAGAUGAUGAUAUCAGCAGGCUCUUGAAAUCUCUACCAAACUGGAUGAAUAUGGCUCAACCCAAACAGCUGAGGUCAAAGAGAGAAGAGGAAGAAGAUUUCAUAAGGGCAGCAUUUGGCAAGGAGUCGGAAGUUCUUAUUGGAAACCUGGGUGAUAAAUUAAUCCCUCCACAAGACAUCCUCUGUGACGUCAGCGACCUCAAAGCCUUGGCCAACAUGCACGAGAGCUUGGAAUGGUUAGCAGGCCGAGCAAAGGCAGCCUUCUCCAGUCUUUCUACGUCCCAGAAUCUGUCUCCUGCUCAAGAUAACCAUGUGAACGUUGAUCUCCCUCCAGUGUCAGAGCAGAUUAUGCAGACUCUGAGCGAACUUGCCAAGUCUUUCCAGGAUAUGGCUGACCGCUGCUUGCUGGUCCUACACCUGGAAGUCAGAGUUCACUGUUUCCACUAUCUCAUCCCUCUUGCGAAGGAGGGGAACUACGCCAUUGUCGCGAAUGUGGAAAGUAUGGAUUAUGACCCUCUGGUGGUGAAGCUGAACAAAGAUAUCAGCGCCAUUGAAGAAGCCAUGAGUGCCAGCCUCCAGCAGCACAAGUUCCAGUACAUAUUUGAAGGCCUGGGACACCUGAUCUCCUGCAUCCUUAUUAAUGGGGCCCAGUACUUCCGGCGCAUCAGUGAGUCUGGCAUCAAGAAAAUGUGCAGGAACAUUUUUGUCCUGCAGCAGAAUUUAACCAACAUCACCAUGUCACGGGAGGCAGACCUGGACUUCGCAAGGCAGUACUACGAGAUGCUGUACAACACGGCCGACGAGCUCCUGAAUCUGGUGGUGGACCAGGGCGUGAAGUACACGGAGCUGGAGUACAUUCACGCCCUGACCUUGCUGCACCGCAGCCAGACGGGGGUGGGAGACCAGACCACCCAGAACAUGCGGCUGCAGCGGCUCAAGGAGAUCAUCUGCGAGCAGGCAGCCAUCAAGCAAGCCACCAAGGAUAAGAAAAUAACUACAGUGUAACGGGGCGCGUGGCGGGAAGGAGCCAGGGAUGGGUCACUUUUGUUUCCUUGGUCACAGUCCCUUCUUUGGUAUGUUGGUUGGUAUAUUCUGAGCUGACGUAGUUUUCUCCACACUGAUGCUUGGGCGGAAAGAAGGCAUAAGGCUUCUUUUCUCUUUCUUUUUGGCUUUUGUAUAAAUGCUAAAGGGACUUCACAGUACUGAGUGUUUGGGUUGGACAUUUACUUUGAUGUGGUCAGUUUCAGAGGGUCUAGGAUGCAAUGGGGAGGAAGGUUGUAAGCAAUAAAAAUGAAUGCAUGAAUGACUACACCCAGCAAUCUUUGGUAAGUAGAUUGUUACCUAAGUUCUAGUCCCUUCCUAAAACUGCUCAGUGGGGUUCUAUUACAUAAGCAGUAGGAUUUUUAUUCUCUUGACCUUGUCAGUUUACAGUUCUACAAAAUAAGUGUAUGUGCAUUGCUUUCUAUCUCUAUUACCAAUGGCUUCUCAGCUAGCUGUAGUUUUCAACCAAUUUUCCUAACCAAACAGGACCUCUUCACCUCUUCAGGUCUUGGGGGAUAAAGUCCUUUUAUCUCAAUCCUUGGGAGAGUUUUGUAUGCAGUAGCCUGGACCCAGGUGAUCUGUUGGUUUGAUGCCUUUUUGUUUUUAUUUCUGCUGUAUCAAAACCAAGCACCACCAAAUUAAUGACAAAAACAGAAGAAUGAAAGGUGAUUCAAUUCUUCUUGAUUUUUUUUUUUUUCUCCUCCACUCUCCAAAAGAAAAUAAUGGUUAGAGAAUUUUUAAUCUCACUUGACACCAUGCCUGGGUGUUAGUUGUUCUUAAAUGCUCGCUCUCCUUGGGAGUCCCUAGGCCUUCCUCAUCUUAGAAGGUAGCUCCAGCUGGCAGCCGAGUGCAAGGAAGCUGGUACAGCCAUGACCUUCCUCCUCUGUGCACCCUCCAGCCUAGGCUGUUUCUGCAGUGUUUUCAGCUGGGGUGGGAGCCCGCUGCUCCCCGCAUGCUUGCCUCCCCACUGUCCCCGUGUCUCCAAGUGCUCUUGCCACCUAUGGCUGAUAUGUCACAGAAGAAAACAAUGCGCUGACUGGGACCCAGCUUGAAAACACGUGGCAAAGAAAGCAGAAAGGACUUGGACUACAUGAGGUCACGUGCCAUGACCUGAUGGUCCAGAAUUUUACACCUGUUUGUACAACUUAGGUCUUGGUGGGAAAAGCAGACAAUUAAAACAAAAUGCUUCAAGAAGCCUAAA